AUGUCUAACAAUCCCCCUGCAAAACGUCUCCGAUCGUCCGGUCCACUCGUAAAUCAUCGACCACCUGUGGAGUGUAUUGAAGAAGGCGACUCUGCUGAUGAAGAUGACUUGGAGCCUGAUGCUGGAAAUGAUCAUGAGAGUGACUUUAGUGAUGGUGAACUUGAUGUGUCAUAUGAGCCCCAUGUAACCACAAGAUCCUCAAGUGCAAGUGACAGUGCUCCUGGUGUGUCGAGUUCAAGUGGAAACGUUCGAACUGCAUCUAAAUCAUGUGAUGUUAAUACUGUAGCCGGCAACUUUGUGCUUAGCUUGCAUGAGAAGUGUUUCGUGUCUCAGAGUGAUAGGAAAGAAGUUCUGGAUGACGCAAAACUUCUGGUCAAGGAAGGCAUUAAGAAAUUUGCUGAGAAAGUUGACUCAGCGUUGAAAUCUCAAGGUAGCAAGGUCAGGCUUAACGAUAUACUGAAUGUUGAGAAGUACGCCUCAUCAACAUGCUAUGAUACUUUCAAAAAUCUGGAAACAAAAUCACAACAAGCGAAAUUUUUCAAAGAUACAAUUGGAGUGACAGACGUGAAGAGGAUCCCGCUGGGGAAAGUUCUACUUAGAGGCCGUAAAGGCGGAGUGACUAAAACCAAAGUCAUUGACCAGGAGUUAAUCUAUGUGCCACUAGAAGAAACCGUCGAUAAAAUGAUAAACCACCCAGACUAUAAGUUCUUUGUUGAGAACACUCAAAGUGGCACGUGCAACUCUGAGUAUUUAGACUGCUACAUGAAAGGAUCCCUCGCCAAAGAGAAUAAAAUUUUAAGAGAACACCCUGAUGCUCUUCGCUUUAUAUUGUAUUAUGAUGAUGUUGAAGUUCUCUCCCCUCUCAAGAGCAGAGCUGGAAAGCAAAAGGUUGGAGCAUUUUACAUUUUUCUUGACAAUAUACCUUUGCAAUACAGGUCUUGUCUGAAGGUAAUUUGUUUGCUCGGGCUUGUUAAUGCCAACCUCAUUAAAGGGAAGUAUUAUGGAAUGGAUGCUGCACUUGAGGCAAUUGUUGACAUUCUAAAAAAAUUUGAAGAUGGUAUACAGCUACCCAGUGGUACUAAAGUGUAUGGCACAUUAAUUGCUGUCAUUGGUGACAACUUGGGACAGCACUGCAUGGGUGGUUUUAAAGAAGGAUUUACUGCUACACGAUGCUGCAGAAUAUGUAUGGCAAGAUUUGAAUCAGAGAUAAAAACAAUGACUAAAGAAGAUGAGAAACUCCUUAGAACCAAAGAAGACUACCGGCAGCAAAUUGAUAAGAUUCAGACUUCAAGAGGGAAAAAUGAGAAGUUCAGCACGGAGUACGGUUUAAAUAGGGAGUCAUGUUUAAAUAAAUUGGAUACAUUUCACGUUCUUGAAAAUUUUCCAUAUGACGGGAUGCAUUGCCUGUUAGAAGGGGCCUUAAGUUUGGCUGUGAAGAAAGUGUUAAAACACUACCUCUAUGAUGUCAAGGAAAAGCCUUUCACUUUGGACUGGCUAAAUCAGGCAAUAUUAAGUUUUGAUUUUGAUUAUUCUGAGACAAGAGAUAAAGCAUCAGAACUGAAAGAAGACUUCAUUAAGGAUGAUUCUGUUUCUCUGCAUCAGUCAGCCGCUCAACUUUGGUUACUUGCCACAAUUUUGCCUCUUAUUCUGAGUCCAUUAAUUGACUGCGAGGAUGUCCACUGGACAAACUACCUUGACAUGUUAGAGAUAUGCCGUAUUGUGUUCACAGUGAAAAUUCCAUUGUGGUUGGUAACGUAUCUUCAAGACUUGAUUGACGGGUACCUGUCAAAAUUUAUUUCACUUUAUGGAAAUCUGAUUCCCAAGCAACAUUUUUUAAUACAUUUUCCAAGUCAAAUUUUAAAAUUUGGAAGCCUUAUGAAUUACAUGUGUUUAAGAUGUGAAGCUAAUCACAAAUACUAUAAGAGGUUAAUUUCUGUUUUGACUGCAUACAGAAAUAUCCCCCUCUUCCUUGCCCGACGAGACCAACUUCACCAAGCUUAUCUUUGGAAGAAAACAAUGAGGCAUGAAUCGACAUGUGGACCCCACAAAUCAGUCAGGCUAGAGUUUGCUUACUAUGGAAACUUAGUUCAAGCACCUGGCAAUGAACUUGUAGAAUCAUCAUGGUUGGACUUAAAUGGAGUGAAAUUUAAACCUGAACACUGUUAUGUUGUUGUGGGACUGAAAGACUACCUACCAGUGUUUGCUUUUGUGAAGACUAUCAUUGUGCACCCUCAAGUUGCCUUUGUCUGUCAAGAUGUGAAGACAGUUGGUCGCAAUCUCCAUGCUGGAUGCUUCAUUGUUCCACUCACUAAUGGAAUAUCUGUACAUAGACCAGAAGAUAUGCUAGUCCAUUCAGUUUUCCAUGCCCACAGUUUUGGGAACUACUCUGCUAUUGUUUCCAAGUCAUGUCUAGGAGGACAGCCAUAA